AUGCAACGCCACUUAAUGGACCAAGAUGGGGAAAAGUCACCAGAGGAGUCUAACCUCAGCAUGGCCAGCCCUGAGUCCACGGAGGAGAGUCUGAAAAUAUACUGGCCAGAGCCCCGGAAAGCCAAGAAGCCACCGCCGCAGCGAGGGCCGGCCAUUCCCUACAAGGAGGACCUGAUCUUCGCCGCCGGGGCCGGCAGCAAGCUGAGCUUCAGCAGCUCCCUCACGUCCGACACCUCCUCCGAGUACCAGUCCUACUCCCAGUACCAGUCCUGCUUCUCCUCCAGCUACAGCGACGAGGACUGCCCACCGCAGAGCGUGUUCGCCUUCUACACCCACGUGCGGACCGUGAGGGGCGUGGCCGUGGCCUGGGAGACCGAGGACGGCUUCCAGCCGGUGGGCGAAAAGCCCCGCAUCCGAGAAGCCGAGUUCAUUCGGAGGCAGCGGAGGAAAGGCUCCUCCUUCGAGAUGGCUUCCAACACCGACCUGCACUGGGAUUUGGAGGACAGCAAGAACAACAGCUGCACCGACACGGACUCGGACGACACGGAUCUGCUGGAGUCCUUAGAGUUCUGCCUGCAGGAGCUGCGGGAGCCCCCCGACUGGCUGGUCACCACCGACUAUGGGCUUCGCUGCGUGGCCUGCUGCCGCGUCUUCCCCAGCCUCGAGGUGCUGCUGCAGCACGCCCAGUACGGAAUCCAGGAGGGCUUCAGCUGCCAGAUCUUUUUUGAGGAGAUGCUGGAGAGACGGCUGGCCCAGAGUGAAGAGCAGGAGCAAGAAGAGCCAGAGGAAGAGGAGGAGCAGGUCCCUUCGGAGGACAUUGAAUGCCCCGGGCCCAGCCCCGAGUUGCAGCAGCAGCAGGAGUGA